AUGGCAGCCAGUGAGAUGACUAUGGGAAUAAUCUUCAUAUCACAGACUUCAGCUGGAGUUCUGGGCAAUUUCUGUCUCCUCUUCCAGUAUUUGUUCCUUUACAUCACAGGGAGCAGGUUAAGGUCCACAGACGUGAUUGUGAUGCACUUGAUAGUAGCCAACUUCUCAACUCUCCUGUGUAAAGGAGUACCCCAGGCAAUGACAGCGCUGGGCAUGGAAGUUUUUCUUGGUGAUGUUGGGUGCAAACUCCUUUUCUAUCUCCACAGAGUGGGAAGAAGUGUGUCCAUGGGCACUACCUGCCUGUUGAGUGUGAUCCAGGCCAUCACCAUCAGCCCUGCUGGACUCAGCUGGGCAAAGCUUAGAGCCAAAGCUCUCAGGUACAUUGGCUGCUCUGUAAACCUGACCUGGGCCCUUUCCAUCCUUGUAAAUGUAAUGUUUCCUAUGCACAUCUUCGGAAAACUGUCCAAGGCAAACAUCACACAUUUUACAGACUUUGGGUACUGUCUUUCAGUUCGUCAUGCAAAAAAGUUUACCAUACUCUAUGCAACGCUUGAGUCAAUUCCCGAUGUGUUAGGCAUGGCAUUAAUGCUGUUGUCUAGCAGCUUCAUGGUCUUGGUCUUGUACAGACACACACAGAAAAUGAGCUGUGUGCACAGAACAAACGUAUCCCCAAGAUCCUAUGCUUAUUCCAGGGCUACCAAAACCAUUCUUCUUUUGCAUGGUUUUGAAAGAAUAAUUACUGUUAGUUACCUGUCAAAGGUCAUAGCUUUGGGCAAUGAAUCCAUCGAGUUCAGGGAUUUCCUGUAUUUGGAGAGUGCGUUUUUCGCCAUGCCAGCGCACCAGAAGACUCCGUGUCCUCUGCAGAACACAGAUCUGAGGCCUAAGCCUACUCAUCAGCCCCUGGACUCAGGUUUUAAAAGCAAAACUGGAGUCACCUCUGCCAUCACUGCUAUAUGCAACGAGAAGCUUUUCUGA